AUGGCGUGGGGACCGAGUCGGCUCAUGAGCCCGUCUAGCAACGUACUCGCACGCGCAUUCUCUACAUCUGCGCGUGCAUACAAAGCACAAGGGAAACGUGCGACUCAAAUAGCGCAGCAAAGCGGUGCGGAUCAUGUUGCUGCCUAUGUGCCAGCACUUGCAUCGCCGCCUUUGACACAUGGCGUCCAUGUCGCCACGCUUCAGCUGACUUCGAACAAUGCUAAGACAUUUGAGUUGGAUUUCUUUGCUGAUUUUGCAAUGCGUGCGGCACACGCACUUCAAAUCCCCACUGGCGGAAUAGCCAUGCUCCCGAUUCGGACUACGUUGUGGACGGUACCACGAGGACCGUUCGUUCAUAAAAAGUCACAGGAAAACUUUUGGCGUCGUGUGCAUCGACGGAGUAUCAAGGUGUACGAUGCAAGCGACAUCACAGUUGACCGAUGGCUGCAUUUCCUGCGUGCCCACGAAAUGCCAGGCGUAGCAUCGAAAGCUCAGCUCUUUCGUCGAUACCCGCUGGGAAUUGGACAGCACAUGCAGACAGCCGCCGUUGCGGAGGUCGAUACGUCUGCUGAGGCAGUUCGUGCUAUGGCGGAAGACAUUCUACGCAUGCAUGCAUCAGAAUAG